AGGAGUUUUGACUCCAGAGAUCGGACCGGGUUGUGAUUCCGUCGAUGAUAGAUCCGGAACGAUCAUCAGCGAGAAGUGGAGAGCAGUCAUCAGCGGCACAGCACAGCACGCCCUUCAUAAUAUCUAGAUCUUCUGGAGAUUGCGCCGGGCAGACGGCGGGCAAUCUAUCCCUCUCCAUGGGCCGGAGCAAAGGCUCAAUUGCUGAAGCAUUUCGGGUGCGCACAGUGGCUGGUAAAUGAAGUCACAAAGUGCAGUGCAACGCUGUGUUGUGGCGUGAUGUGCUGUCCGCGAGAACGUGGCCCAGGUUCCAGGUUCGGUCGUUCGAAGUUGCAGCGAAGUGCCUGAAAUUUGUGCGACCAAGAGCUGACCCGAGUGGGCGAACCAGCACUACUUAAGCUGAUUCGUGAACCAUGAGGUGGAGAGGCCGUUUGAAUAAAAGCUCCAUCUCGCAUCCGCAAACACAAACGACAAUGUGCUGCGGGUGCCUGCCGAGCAUGUACAACUUCCGGUCUGGACCACAGGGAUGUGCCUGCUGUAUGUAGCUUGAACCUGUGACAGCACGCACGCAUUGCAGCUGCCCGGGAUUCUCUUUCGGGCCCAGGAAGGUUCAUGGUCCGACAGAGCAGACAGUGCUGGUGAUUUUGUUUUUUUAAUGUGAAGCAGAAUCCAGGCUCCAGGCACACCCUCCCUACCCUCACCAGCGACUAUGGACGUGGACACGGGCAAACGCUUUCCACUGAGAAUACUCCUGGCCGAAGAUAAUGCCAUCAAUCAGCAGGUACUCUUCAGGCUACUUCAGAGGCAUGGAUACACGGCCGACGUCGUAAGUAAUGGUCUGGAAGCCUUGAACGCAGCUUCAAGACAGAGUUACGACGUAUGCCUCAUGGAUUGCUUCAUGCCGGAGAUGGACGGCCUGGAGGCGACAAGGCACAUACGACAGCGAAUUCACCCUUGUCCGGUCAUAGUGGCAGUCACCGCUGCCGCGCUAGAAGAGGAGAAGAAGGCGUGUCUACAAGCUGGCAUGCACAUGUAUAUAGCGAAGCCUAUCAGAGCGGAGCAGUUGAUGCGUACUUUGUACAAAUGCUGGCAGGUGAAGACGCGCGAGAUCAACAUCGAGUCCUUGCAGCAAGAGAUUUUAUCGGCUCCGAGUUCACACUUUAACUACUACUAGACUUGUGACUGCACUACAGCACACUGCACCGCACUGCACCUGUGUAGUGUAGCCUUACACUUGAUGACUCGCUCCCUCUUCGUACUCCCUUGCUCCCACACUUGACAUUUUUGUAGGUUUCAGACCGAGUUCGAUCCAGAUCAUUUCAGAAAGUCUCUUUAGGCAUCCAUCAUGAUCAGAUCAGUAUUGCAUUGCCGUACGUACAUCUGGUUCUGCUUGAUUUCCAACAAGUCCGUGCACCUGCACCCAGUGACAUCUUCCUGUACGAGCCUGCUCGAUCCUUCGAAGUGAUCACUUCGAUCAUGCAGAUAUUUACAGCUGAGUAAUGAGAGUCUCAUUGCUAGCGUGCGAGGCAAUCAUGUAUCACUAAUGUACUACUAUAUAACUUCGACAUCGUGCUCUUUUAUUUUCAUUACAGUACGUGCACUCACUCGAUUAAGUCUGCAUUUAUUUCAGGCUUCCGUUCAGAAUUCAUGUUAAAUUCAGGAAACUCUCUGCGCACAGUGGCCAGUCUGCAUUUGCCAAAGUUGUUCUUGCUGUAUAAAGAACGCUCGCCAGGUCGAGCUACUCUCGUUUUCGUACGUUGUACGUGCCAUAUGUACCUGCUGGAAGUGAGUUUCGAUUUCUUCGAUGUGUGCAGCUUCCACACGCGUCACCUGCUGACCAAUAGUACUCUAGACUAGAAUCUCCGAGUUGUUACAACGAUCUCAGGACUAUAUGUAGCCCACAUGGCUGUUGAUUGUGGGGCCCUGUGACACACCUUCAGGCUAAGAUUCAAUUUGUUCUGAAUUUUUGUUGCCACCAGAUACCGUCUUACACUCUUAUUAUUGUGAU